AUGAAAAUCUAAAGCUUGCAAUAAUAAGUGCUCAUAAAUAAAGAUAAAAAUAAUUUAUAAGGAUUGAAUUCAUUAAAUAAGGAGAAUUAUGAUCAUAAUAUUUUCAUCAGACAUAGAAAAUUCAAAAAACCUAAAAAGUUCUCAACCUAAUUUCCAUAGAUUAAAAAGGAUGAUACAUUAUUUGAGUUCAGAAUGUUUCAUCAUGUUUAAAAUAUGAAGAGUGCUCACUUCUAAUCAAAGUAUACUCUGUCUAUGGGAAGCAUUCCUAAUCUAAUAUUACAUACAUACAAUAAUUAGAUUGUAUUUUAUGAUUUAGCUAAGUUAUAAUCAAAUUCUACAAUAAUACCAAUUAAUGCAAUAGGACUAGAUAUUGUGAAUAACAUUUGUGCUGUAGCUGGGAGGAAUGGAGAACUUUUAAUGAUUAAUUUAUAUAAUGGAAAAUUAGAUAAAGAAAUUAUUAAUUAGAAAAGACCUUUUAUUAAUCAUGUUCACUUUUAUAAAGACACUUUGAUUACAAAUGAUAAUGAAGGAUACAUUAAGAUAUUUGAUUAUUAAAAUGGAUUGAAAGAGAUAUUUUCAUAUGAAGAUAAAGCUUCAGUCAAUCUUACAACUUUUAAUGAUAAUAACUAAAUUGCUUUUUCUGGUGAUCGACUAGGAUUAACUGUUUUAGAUACUAAUUCAGGUGAUAUUAUCCAUAGUUUAGAGCCACAUACUGAAUUUGGUUUUGCUGUUGCUUUUAAUCCAACCAAAAGUUAUGAACUUGCUUCUUCUAGUGAAGAUGGAUCAUGUGUUAUUUAUGAUUUACGUUAUCCAAAGCAUCCAAUACAAUAAUUUGUUGGAUCAGAUUUACCUAUAUAUAAUAUUACCUACUAAAGAAAUGGAUCACAUUUAUUUAUCGCUGAAUCAUAUUCUUAUUUUCAUAUCUUGAAUACGUAAAAUAUGUAUCUAUUAAUUAUAUAGCUCUCUAUAUGAUACUGUCUAAACUAUCAAAAUAUAUGGAGAAGUUUCAGGAAUUGUUAAUGAUUAAUAUGAUGAUAAUCGAUUCUUUUUUAGUACUAGUUAUUAAAUUGGAGAAGGAAUAUGUGAAUUUAAUAGGUGA